AUGCAAACCAUGACUUUUGCAAUCAAAGAGAUCAACCAGCGCAGUGACCUCCUGCCACAGCUCAAGCUUGGUUUCCACAUCCGUGACAGCUGUGAUGACAUACCUGUGUCUCUGAGAGCAUCUUUGCUGUUGGUGAAUGGACAGCCAGAGACAGGCACUAGAGUUGAGAGUGGGAACAGAGACAAAGGUCUCAGAAGAAACAGUAGUUCUAAUUUAGGCUGUGCUGCUGUACAAAGUACUGUGUCCCCAGUAAUCAUAGGAGAUGCCGCUUCUGGGGUGUCGAUGGCCUUGCUAAGAAGCCUGGGUUCUUUCCAUAUCCCCCUGGUGAGCUAUUUUGCGUCUUGCAGCUGUCUGAGUAACCAAAGGGAGUUCCCCACAUUCAUGCGCACCAUGCCCAGUGAUGCCUUUCAGAUCAAAGCCCUGGCCCAGCUGGUGAGCUAUUUUGGCUGGACCUGGGUGGGAGUCAUUGGCGUGGAGACUGAUUAUGCUCGCUUUGCCAUCCAGCUUUUCCUGCAAGAGUCAGUGCAGUAUGGUGUGUGUACUGCCUUCACUCACUUCUACCCUGUAGUACUGAGUCAGCAGGCUCUAGAUAAGCUUCUGGAUGUUAUUCAGAUGUCUUCUUCAAAGGUCAUCAUUAACUUCAGUAGUGAGUCAGAGAUGGAAGUCAUUCUAAGAGAGAUCCGACGCUGGAAUAUAACCGGCCUGCAGUGGAUUGCCAGUGAAGCUUGGGCCACUGCCAAAUCUCUCUGGGAAAAUUUUGGAGAUCUGCUGACAGGAACACUAGGAUUUGCCAUCCGCAGAGCUGAUGUGAUUCCAGGGCUCAAACAACACCUCGCUGGACUUAGACCAUCCAAUAUUCAUGAAUCAGCUUUCUUGACAGAAUUUUGGGAAGAGCUCUUUAACUGCCGAUUGAACGGGUCAAUGAAUGACCACUCACAUGGAGGUGACAACUACCUCGACAGAGAACUGUGUAACGGGACAGAGAAUUUAAAUGAUGUUUACUCUCCUUAUUCUGAUGUGACACAGCUAAGAGUGUCCUAUAAUGUCUACAAGGCUGUGUAUGUGGUGGCCCAUGCCUUGCAGGAUAUGAGUAACUGCCUAAUUGGACAGGGGCCUUUCCUUAAUGGUGCCUGUGCAGAUCCGAAGACUGUUAAACCUUGGCAGCUAAUGCACUACAUGAAGCAUGUUAAUUUUUCUGCACUGGGUGAGAAAGUAAACUUUGAUCAAAAUGGUGACCCCAUUGCUUAUUAUGAUCUCUUAAACUGGCAAAGGAGGCCCGAUGGAUCACUACAUUUGGUAAAAGUAGGUUUCUAUGACGCCUCCUCAUCUGGACGCAGCCUGCUCAUAAAUGACUCAUGGCUGAAUUUUGCCUCUCAGGCUUCCCGGUCUGUAUGCAGCGACAGUUGUCCUCCAGGUUACCGCAUCGCCAGGAGAAAGGGGGAGCCUAUCUGCUGUUUUGACUGUGUCCCCUGUGCUGAGGGCGAAGUUAGUAAUGAGACUGAUUCUUUAGAGUGCUCACGCUGCUCAGAGGACACAUGGCCCAGUAAAGUCAGAGAUCACUGCAUCCCAAAGACUAUUGAGUUCCUGUCCUACUUUGAGUUGAUGGGUAUUGUGCUGUGUGUUGUAUCUGUUGUUGGAGCAUGUAUUUCUCUCUCCGUCCUUGCCAUAUUCUUCACAUACAAAGACACUCCACUGGUUCGGGCCAACAACAUGGAAUUGAGCUUCCUACUCUUGGUGUUUCUUGCUGUCUGUUUCCUUGUUGGUCUGCUGUUCAUUGGAGAGCCUUCAGACUGGCUUUGCAGUAUCAGGUACCCUGCAUUUGGGAUCAGUUUUGCCCUCUGCAUUUCAUGCCUGCUGGCCAAGACAGCAGUGGUCCUUGUGGCUUUUAGGUCCACACUGCCAGGGAGUAAUGUCAUGAAGUGGUUUGGACCCAAACAGCAGAGAGCCAGUGUGCUUUUAGGAACAGCUGUUCAGGUAAUAAUCUGUCUGAUCUGGCUGCUCACCAGUCCACCUCAUGCCAACAACAACACAGAUUACAGUGCUUCCAUCAUCACUGAGUGUGUUACUGGUUCAGAGGUUGGCUUCUGGUGUGUUCUUGGAUACAUUGGCAUUUUGGCCUGCAUGUGCUUCCUAAUGGCAUUUUUGGCGAGGAAGCUACCUGACAAUUUUAACGAGGCAAAGUUCAUUACCUUCAGCAUGCUGAUAUUCUUUGCAGUGUGGAUUACCUUUAUUCCAGUUUAUGUGAGCACAGCUGGGAAAUACACAGUGGCUGUUCAUAUUUUUGCUAUUUUAGCCUCAGCUUAUGGUCUCCUUUUUUGCAUUUUUGCUCCAAAGUGCUACAUCAUUAUUCUGAAACCAGAAAAAAACAACAAGAAAAACAUGAUUCCUGGACCAGCCAUGGUGGUGCCAGAGCUUCUCAUAUUCCUUGGUCUCUUCUGGGUCAAACCUGGCUCAGCUGCUGCUCUGGAUAACUGUGUUUUCUUGGGGGAAGAGGAGAAAAACAGUCUGUAUGAAGAUGGAGAUGUAGUUAUAGGAGGCUUAUUCCCUCUACACUACAGCCCUGUGUCUUCUCUUCAAACAUACACAACAAAACCAACACCUAACUCGUAUAAUUUCAGUUCUCGUGCUCUGCGCUGGAUGCAGACCAUGACAUUUGCAAUCAAAGAGAUCAACCAGCGCAGUGACCUCUUGCCACAGCUCAAGCUGGGUUUCCAUAUCUGUGACAGCAGUAGUGACAUACCUGUCUCACUGAGAGCAUCUUUGCUGUUGGUGAACGGACAGCCAGAGACAGGCACUAGAGUGAACAGAGACAAAGGUCUCAGAAGAAACAGUAGUUCUAAUUUAGGCUGUGCUGCUACACAAAAUACUGUGUCCCCAGUAAUCAUAGGAGAUGCUACUUCUGGGGUGUCGAUGGCCUUGCUAAGAAGCCUGGGUUCUUUCCAUAUCCCCCUGGUGAGCUAUUUUGCAUCUUGCAGCUGUCUGAGUAACCAAAGGGAGUUCCCAUUCAUGCGCACCAUGCCCAGUGAUGCCUUUCAGAUCAAAGCCCUGGCCCAGCUGGUGAGCUAUUUUGGCUGGACCUGGGUGGGAGUCAUUGGCAUAGAGUCUGAUUAUGCUCGCUUUGCCAUCCAGUUUUUCCUGCAAGAGUCAGUGCAGUAUGGUGUGUGUGCUGCCUUCACUCACUUCUACCCUGUAGUAUUGAGUCAGCAGGCUCUAGAUAAGCUUCUGGAUGUUAUUCAGAUGUCUUCUUCAAAGGUCAUCAUUAACUUCAGUAGUGCGUUAGAGAUGGAGGUCAUUCUGAGAGAGAUCCGAUGUCGUAACAUUACUGGCCUGCAAUGGAUCGCCAGUGAGGCAUGGGCCACUUCCAGUUCUCUCUGGGAAAAUUUUGGAGAUCUGCUGACAGGAACACUAGGAUUUGCCAUUCGCAGAGCUGAUGUGAUUCCAGGGCUCAAACAACACCUCGCUGGACUUAGACCAUCCAAUAUUCAUGAAUCAGCUAUCUUGACAGAAUUUUGGGAAGAGCUGUUUAACUGCCGAUUGAACGGGUCAAUGAAUGACCACUCACAUGGAGGUGACAACUACCUCGACAGAUUGCCAUGUAAAGGGACAGAGAAUUUAAAUGAUGUUUACUCUCCUUAUUCUGAUGUGACACAGCUAAGAGUGUCCUAUAAUGUCUACAAGGCUGUGUAUGUGGUGGCCCAUGCCUUGCAGGAUAUGAGUAACUGCCUAAUUGGACAGGGGCCUUUCCUUAAUGGUGCCUGUGCAGAUCCGAAAACUGUUAAACCUUGGCAGCUAAUGCACUACAUGAAGCAUGUUAAUUUUUCUGUACUGAGUGAGAAAGUAAACUUUGAUCAAAACGGUGACCCCAUUGCUUAUUAUGAUCUCUUAAACUGGCAAAGGAGGCCCGAUGGAUCACUACAUUUGGUAAAAGUAGGUUUCUAUGACGCCUCCUCACCUGGACGCAGCCUGCUCAUAAAUGAAUCAGUGAUUCAGUGGCCUGUUGGGAAGCAGGCUUCCCGGUCUGUAUGCAGCGACAGUUGUCCUCCAGGUUACCGCAUCGCCAGGAGAAAGGGGGAGCCUAUCUGCUGUUUUGACUGUGUCCCCUGUGCUGAGGGCGAAGUUAGUAAUGAGACUGAUUCUUUAGAGUGCUCACGCUGCUCAGAGGACACAUGGCCCAAUAAAGUCAGAGAUCACUGCAUCCCAAAGACUAUUGAGUUCCUGUCCUACUUUGAGUUGAUGGGUAUUGUGCUGUGUGUUGUAUCUGUUGUUGGAGCAUGUAUUUCUCUCUCUGUCCUUGCCAUAUUCUUCGCAUACAAAGACACUCCACUGGUUCGGGCCAACAACAUGGAAUUGAGCUUCCUACUCUUGGUGUUUCUUGCUGUCUGUUUCCUUGUUGGUCUGCUGUUCAUUGGAGAGCCUUCAGACUGGCUUUGCCGUAUCAGGUACCCUGCAUUUGGGAUCAGUUUUGCCCUCUGCAUUUCAUGCCUGCUGGCCAAGACAGCAGUGGUCCUUGUGGCUUUUAGGUCCACACUGCCAGGGAGUAAUGUCAUGAAGUGGUUUGGACCCAAACAGCAGAGAGCCAGUGUGCUUUUAGGAACAGCUGUUCAGGUAAUAAUCUGUCUGAUCUGGCUGCUCACCAGUCCACCUCAUGCCAACAACAACACAGAUUACAGUGCUUCCAUCAUCAUUGAGUGUGUUACUGGUUCAGAGGUUGGCUUCUGGUGUGUUCUUGGAUACAUUGGCAUUUUGGCCUGCAUGUGCUUCCUAAUGGCAUUUUUGGCGAGGAAGCUACCUGACAAUUUUAACGAGGCAAAGUUCAUUACCUUCAGCAUGCUGAUAUUCUUUGCAGUGUGGAUUACCUUUAUUCCAGUUUAUGUGAGCACAGCUGGGAAAUACACAGUGGCUGUUCAUAUUUUUGCUAUUUUAGCCUCAGCUUAUGGUCUCCUUUUUUGCAUUUUUGCUCCAAAGUGCUACAUCAUUAUUCUGAAACCAGAAAAAAACAACAAGAAAAACAUGAUGCAAAGAUGA